AUGAGUCUUACAGGAGAGAAACCAUAUCUGUGCUCUGAGUGUGACAAAAGUUUUACAUGUAAAUCAGCACUUCUCACACAUCAGAGGAUUCACACAGGAGAGAAACCAUUUACAUGUUCUGAAUGCAGCAAAUGUUUUUCCCAGAAGGGGCAACUUGUUACACAUCAGAGGAGACACACAGUAGAGAAGCCAUUUAUAUGUUCUGAGUGUAGCAAGUGUUUUACCCUAAAGUACGAGCUUGUUCUACAUCAUAGGAGUCACACAGGUGAAAAGUCAUUCAAAUGUUCUGAAUGUAGCAAGUGUUUUUCCCAGAAAUCAUCUCUUGUUAAACAUCAGAGUAGUCACACAGGAGAGAAGCCAUUUACAUGUUCUGAAUGCAGCAAAUGUUUUGCCCAGAAGGCACAUCUUGUUAUACAUCAGAGGAGUCACACAGGAGAGAAACCAUUUACUUGUUCUGAAUGCAGCCAAUGUUUUGCCCAAAAGGCACAUCUUGUUACACAUCAGAGGAGACACACAGUAGAGAAACCGUUUACAUGUUCUGAGUGCAGCAAGUGUUUUAACCUAAAGUACGAGCUUGUUCUACAUCAGAGGAGUCACACAGGAGAAAAGCCAUUCAAAUGUUCUGAAUGUAGCAAGUGUUUUUCCCAGAAGUCAUCUCUUGUUAAGCAUCAAAGGAGUCACACAGGAGAGAAGCCAUUCAAAUGUUCUGAAUGUAUGAACUGUUUUUCCCAGAAGUCAUCUCUUGUAACACAUCAGAGGCGUCACACAGGAGAGAAGCCAUUUCAAUGCUCCGAAUGCAGAAAGUGUUUUACAUAUAAGAUUCAGCUUGUUACACAUUUAAGGAUUCACACAGGAGAGAAACAAAAUGCUCAGAACGUAGCAAUGUUUUAUUGA